AACCCACCUCACAGCCCCCUCUAGCUCCAGCCGGCCCACAUAAGGCGAGAAACCAGAAGAUUUUACUUCUUCGCCAGGCUCGAAACCAGAGACCGGCACUUACCCCGCCCCACACCCAGUGCCUAAGCCCCGUUUGCAGUGCGGAGCCUACAUCCCGGAGAGCCUGUCCCGGUCUGUCGCAGAGCGGCGCUCCCAGCCGCGGCCCCCAGUGCCUGUGAGGGAGUUGCCCGGCAGAAGGCCACCCCGCAGGUGUCAGGCGCCAAGCCCGGCCACUCUCCGUUACCUGGAUAUUCCCCAUUAACCAGCACUGCGCGCCGCAGCAGUUUCUCCCUCACAGACGGGAUCUGCAGCGGCGUCCGGGGCGCGGAGCGGAAGCGAAAGCGAAAGCGAGCCGCGGCUGGCAUCAUGGCGGCGGCGCAGCUGCUGGUGCAGCUCUGCCCCGCGCCCGAGCCUGGCGAGAAGGCGCUGCUGAAGCUCCAGCGUUACUUCCAGUCAGGGAAGCGGUCGGGCGGCGGUGAAUGCGAGGUGCGGCCGGGCCCCGACCCCGGCACCUACUGGGUGCAGUUCCAGAAGGAGGAAGAUAAGAAGAAUGUGGAAUGCCGCACGGAUCACAUCUUGGAAAUCAGUGGCAGACGCCUGAAGGUAGUCAUCCAGCCUGCAGAGUGGGGCCUGGGCAAGAGCUCAUUGACAGAGCAGGCCUCCCGCAGCCACUCCGUUCCUUCCAGCUCUGCAUCACCUCGGAAGGAGCAGCAGGUAGCCAGGGGCCAUGAAGAUACAGAGAGAGAAGUCAUUUCCAAAAAGAUAUUUCUUACCGUAUCUGCAACUUUGAACACCAGUAUGUUCUCUGAAGAGGAAAGGGAGAAAAUUUGCAUUGUAUGUCCAAAUUUAAAAAGAGAAGGAAAUCCCAGUAUUGAUGGCUCUGAGAAGUUGACAGGAGAUUUUACAGAUAUUGAAAAAGCUUAUCACUACCUCAAGGAUAUCCUGGCAGGCAAUCAUCCAAACCAUGAUUUUUCACAUUCUGAAAGUGAGAAUGAUUUGAAAGCUGAAAAUGCUAUGAAUAUUGAAGAGAUGGAUGUGCUUAGAGUUCCAUCAGCUCUCUAUGAAUACUUCAGUCAUGUUUGCCGAAAGGACAUCGAAAAACUAUGCGAACAUUUUGGAGAGUAUAUCAGAAGUGAAGAUGUCAAUGGAAUCACAUCAAUAUAUUUCUCUUCUGACAAAGGUCCUUCAUCAAUGAAAAAAGCUAAUGAAACUUUUACUACAAUUUUUCAGGCAAGUAUACAAAAUCUGAAACAGGAAAAAAUUCCAGUAGCGAACAGCUACACAAUAACUGACAAAAUAAUGCAAUUAAAUGCUAGAUUUAGUAAUCUUCUUGUCAAAGAGGAAGAGAAUCAAUUACUGCUCCGUGGUCCAGAGAGUGUGCUUUUAGCUGCCAAAAAGUUUUUAGCAGGGGUUGGUGAGAACAACCCAGCUGAGAAUAAUAUUAAAAUGUCAUCUGAAUUGUACCAAUACAAGACUGGAAUUGAAGUAGAUUCUUCUCUGUUUAAAAUGCUAGAAACAAUACUAAGCAAAGAAAUUGAAGUCAUCGAAGACAAAUUUGAUACAGUAAUAGAAACGAAAGAGAGUUCAUCUGGCCAGAAGAUGCUCAUAGUAUUUAGGCCUAGGAUCAGAACUAAUGAUAUGACUUCACAUGCUACUGAAAGUUUCAUCAAUACAUUUCAGAGUGCUGCUGCAAUGUUAAGAUCAAAACCCAUCAAUUCAAGGCUUUCAGAAGAUCAGAAGAGAAGAUUAAAUACACCACUUAACAGAAAACAAUUAGAAGAUCAGCAUGUAAAACUUAACAAAAAGGAAGACAAAUCCAUGCUAAGUGUUUUACCAGACCAUCUUAAUGCUGCUGAAAAGCACAUUAUGAACAGUCUUAUCACUGAAGAUAUAACAAAAACCGAAAAGAGGACACCACUGUCCUCUAGUCACAGCUCUCAAGGAGGUAUAGGAGCAUCUGAGAUAGAGUACAGUGGCAGGCAGAAGAAUAAUCUAUCUUCUGAAGGGCAGGCUAAGGCAAAGACAGAAGAAGACAAGAAUGUGUGUCCAAUUUGCAUGGAGGAAAUUGUUAAUAAAGAAAUACUGAGCAAGUGCAAACAUGCCUUUUGCAAAAGUUGCAUUGACCAAGCCAUGUCGUACAAGAAAAGCUGUCCUGUGUGUAACACUGUCUAUGGACCCAUAGAAGGAAAUCAGCCAGAGGGAACUAUGACAACUGUAACAAUGCCAACACCUCUCCCUGGUUAUCCCAAUUGUGGUACUAUUGUGAUUACGUACAAUAUGCGUGGUGGUAUUCAAACUAUCAACCAUCCAAACCCAGGGAAACGUUAUUCUGCAACUCAACGAGUAGCGUAUUUACCUGACAAUGAGGAAGGAAGAGAAAUUCUGCAGCUCCUCGAAAGAGCCUUUAAACAAAAACUGAUUUUCACAGUGGGGCAGUCACGUACUACUGGUGCACAAAAUGUCAUCACAUGGAAUGAUAUUCACCACAAAACUAGUCUGUCUGGAGGACCUAACGGUUUUGGUUACCCUGAUCCUGAUUAUCUGCAGCGAGUUCGUUCAGAAUUGAAAGCAAAAGGAAUCGAAUAAAGAAAUUUAUUAUCUGUCAGGUCUUAAAUAAUAACAGAAGUUCCAGCAGGUAAUUCAAGCACUAAGAAGAAAGAAGUUAUUUGUUCAACUGUGUUAAAUCUUUGUGUAUCUCAGUCACCUAAGAAAUGUUUUUUUUUCAUCAGACAAUAUAUUCUUCUUAUACAUAGCAUCAAUACUUACUACACUUAUCAAAAUGUCUAUUUUAUUUUAUCGGUUAUUUUUUUUUCUCUCUUCAGUUGGACCACCAAAGCCAGUAGAUGCACUACUAGCUUUUAUUUGAUCAAACAGUUGUCUCUUACUGUCCUUAUGGAUAGCAUCAGGUAACUCACGUGCUGGAAGAUUUAGAUGCAGCAGUUAUAGUAUCAGCUGCGAUCAGGCUAUGAUCUUCUGCUUAUUUUCAGGUUAGAAAUAGCAUUUAGUGGUUUGAAUUUUAAACAUGGAAUAGUAUGGGUAAUGUGUGAGAGGGUAUGUGGUAUGUGUAGGGUAUUUUUAACCCUGCACAAGUGCUGCAUGCACGGAGCUUCACUGGAGCAAUUGGAGCCUAACGGUGAUGGUGUCUGUCUGAAUAAGAAGGUCCUAGUUCUGUGCCUUUCAUUGUUUAAGCCUAAAUACAACAACUACGUCAGGUUUGAGAUACAAAACUGUAUUUUUCUAUUUCCAGUAUAUGGUUUGAAUUGUUGCUACUCUGCACUCUCUAAGUAGCCUGCUAAUUACCUUUGUGGUGGUGUGAAAUAGCUUUCAGUUAAUGCUGUGAUAAUUGUUAGUGGGUUAAACCAUGUCAAGCUAUUAAGUAGAAACAAAUAAAAUAUAACAUUCUCA